AUGUCGAAGACUCCCCCGCCGGCACCACCUCGCUCCACCUCCAAGCCCCUCAUCUCGGUGACGGCCCAGAGCAGCACAGACUCCACUCAGGACGCCUACCACGAGGGGAGGGACCCGCGGGGGAGUGUACUGUGGGCGCCGGACUGUCUGGGCGGCUCGGGUCAAAACCUCUACAACUCCACCGACAGCCUGGACAGCGCCAAUGUGGUGACGCUGGCCAUGGAGACGGCAGGGAGCAAGCGGCACGCCUCCUCGGGCAGCCACACCUCGGUGCAGACGUGUGACAAGGCGGUGUUGGUGUCCAAGGCUGAGGAAUACCUCAAAACGCCACGUUCCUCCAUAGGGAUACAGGUGGAGACGGCAACGGACUCGGAGUCGGAGGGUAAAGGUCUUCCUCAGUACCAUUCUGUUGGCACCCAGGUGGAGGAUAACAAACGGCAUGGCAGGUUCAAGCGCUCCAACAGUGUGACGACAGCCGUACAAGCUGACAUGGAACUAGAGGGCUUCCCCACCAUGGAGGACAAGGGACUGCAGUUUGGAGGGGGCUUGGGCUUCCGCGGGGGCCACUCAGAGCCCAGUACACCCACCCAGUACGGGGCCGUCCGCACUGUCCGCACCCAGGGCCUCUUCAGCUACCGGGAGGACUACCAGCGUUCCUCCAGCGGUCCUCCCAGUCCGCAGCCCGAGUCGUGGCUGACAGAGCCCUCUCUGGAGGGGGCUGAGACGGGCCGAGUGUCCCCCCUCCGCAGGGACGGCAGCUGGUUCAUGCAGCUCCUCCAUAAUGAAACUAAGAGGAUGGAGGGAUGGUGUAAAGACAUGGAGAGAGAGGCGGAGGAGCAUGACCUGUUGGAGGAGAUCCUAGGGAAAAUCCGGAGUGCGGUGGGCAGUGCACAACUCCUCAUGUCUCAAAAAUUCCAGCAGUUCUACUGGCUGUGUCAACAGAACCUGGACCCCAGCGCCAUGCCCCGCCCCACCUCUCAGGACCUGGCCGGAUUCUGGGACUUGCUGCAGCUCUCAAUUGACGACGUCACUGCCAAAUUUAAUGAACUGCAGCAGAUCAAGAGCAAUGAGUGGAGGCUCGUGGAGAGCCCAGAGAAGAAGACGCCAUUACAGAGGAAGUGGCCUCCCCCGCUGCCAAAGAGACCUCCGAAGGGGCGUGGCGGCGUGGUGCGGGAGCGCUCUCUGGACCUGCAGGACCGCCAGCGUCAGGAGGCCCGGCGCCGUCUUCUGGCUGCCAAGCGGGCGGCUUCCUUCAGACAGAACUCAGCCACGGAGCGGGCGGACAGCAUCGAGAUCUACAUCCCCGAGGCCCAGACACGUCUUUGA